AAUUUUAUAAUCAUGAAAUUUGCUUGUGAAGUGUUAAGUUUCAUUGCCAGCCUACUCUGAAGAAAUGAAACCAUGGAGAAAAUGAGACCUUUGAAGAUUAGAGAGUUGGACUGAGUGAUCGAAGACAAAAUGAAGACUUGUCUCACGUUAUUCCUUCUAGCCUGCUUUGUAGCUUAUUCAGAGCCAUUGUCCUGCUUCAGUUGCAAAGAUGCUGAAACCAAUCUUAACUGUAAUUUUAAUCUGCCUGAUACAUGCGCAGCAAACCAAGUGUGUGUAACUGCCACUUACUCUUUAGGUGGCAGUCAUAAGAUUAAUAAAGGAUGCGUCAACAAAAAUGAGUGUGAUGCUGUAUCAGCCUUUGGAAAUAUUAAUAUAGGUGUGGCGAGCACAUCAGUGAAAUGCUGCGAUUCUUUCUUAUGUAACAUAAACGGCUCCACGACUGCUAGACUGAACCUGCUGCUUCUGGGGGUCUCUGCGCUCGUCCUUUUAAUAGUUGGCAACAUUACAAAAUAGAACCAGCUGCCCCAUGCUGUAAAAUUAAACUUAGGCUUUGGAUUCAUUUAUAUGGAGACUUUUUCAUUCUAAACACUUCCUUCACUGUUGAUUUGUAUUAAAGGGAAAAUUUGUAGUUAAUUGGAAAGUGUAGGUGAAAUAGAAGAAAUGUUAUAAGAACAUUUUAGAAAUGGUACAGCAAACCAAUUAAAUUUAGAUUUCUAUGUUACUUUUAACAAAUGUGCAGUACCUGUAUACUAUUAGAUCUUGCUUUGUCAGAUAAAUGCACUACAAAUAAAACAAAUUUGUUUGUA